CUGGUGUGUACUUACAUGUGGCGGACCUGAGGGCGAUGAACAUCUGGUUGGGAGUGAUGUGUGCAUGUGUGUGUGAGGAGAAGACCCCGUGAAGAAAGUCAUUCAUGAGGAUCGAAAUCUUUGGAAGAAUCCUGCAGUAACUAUUGGAGUUUGCCCAGCAGAGUGCAUCAAAGGCCAGCUGUAAGUGAAGCAUGGACAGUGAAAUAGGAACGAUGGCAACCAGCCUCGACAGUCCGUUGAGCCCCAGGCACCUGACCGGGCUUGGGAUGAGCUGCCUUCUCUCCCCAAAGUACAGACACUCUGGGCCAGGCCUGGCCAGUCCUCAGGAGUACAACCAGUGGUUGCCUUACCGUCAUGAUGCCAGCCUCCUGCCAAUGAAAGACGACUUGGCACUCUGGCUCAACACCAUGAUGGGAGAGAAACUCACCGCAGACAGUCUGAUGGAGAGGUUGGAUAAUGGUGUUCUCCUCUGUCAGCUGGCACAUCUCCUUCAAGAGAAGAUGAUUCAUGCCAACAAUGGCAAGCCCUUUGUAAGAAGAGUAAUCCAGUGGCGAGCUGAUGCAACAUCUGGAUCAUUUUUCGCACGAGACAACACUGCCAACUUCCUCUACUGGUGUCGAAAGAUUGGUGUUGAUGAGUCUUACCUUUUUGAGUCUGAGGAUUUGGUUCUUCAUAAACAGCCUCGGGAAGUGUGCUUGUGCCUGAUGGAGUUGGGACGAAUGGCAGCCAGGUAUGGAGUGGAGCCACCGGGGCUGGUGAAGUUGGAAAAACAGAUUGAAAAGCAGGACGAGUGCUUAUCUCCAUUCUUCCCUCUGCCUUUUCUUCCUCCCACAUCCCUGUAUUCACUAUCACAAUCAUCCUUACCCCCAGCCCCUAUUCCUCCUCCUCCUCCCUCUCCUCCUCUUUCUCCUACUCCUGCUCCUCUCACUCAGAGUACAACCUGUCUGUCUGAAGCCCUCCCUGCCUCUGAUCUUCCAUCAGCCACUACAAACCCAGUGCCUGCAUGCUCUUCCCCUCUUCUGCCCUCCCUCUCAGCCUCUAACCCUUGUACAACCACAGCCUCAACACAAACACCUUUGUUCUCCUCAUCCUGCACCACGGACACAUCUGCUUCAGCUGUGCUGUCAAAACCUUCACCAGUCCAAAAUCAGCAAUCCACUGCCAAAAUCUGCCCUACCACAAUAAAUAAACACUCUCCUACAGCCACACCUAUCAUCACUUCCCCACCUGCAAGGCCGACUUCUCGUUCAUCUUUCAAAUCUACAAGCCAGAGGAGCACAACCACCAAUAUUUUGGAUGAUAUUAUUAGAAACAUUGCUGAAAAUCCCCCCUGCAGCUGUUCUACCAGAUUCCCUGUUGAGAAACAACCUAAAGGCUUCUAUCGUGUUGGUGAUAAAGUUCUGUAUAUAAGGAUGCUGAAUGAGCGUCAUGUAAUGGUACGUGUUGGUGGAGGAUGGGAGCCUUUUAUAAGUUACCUUCAGAAACACGACCCCUGCAGGGGGGGAGGAGGGCCGAGCAGCAGAUCUGAGGUCAGGGUCUGUCGGGCCAAAGCAAAGCCACCAAGCCUGAACAUCUCAUCUGACAGUUACAUGGUGGUUGGUGCCCAUCACCGUGGCAAAAAAUAGCUGCCAAUAAUGUGGACACUAAGUCUGAUCAAAUACAUGUUGUCAAUGAAUUAAAAGUUUUACCUUAAAUCCUAAAUGAAAUACGUUAUCUCACAAUAAGUUGAAGAUACAACUGCGUUUACUUCCUAUCUGCAGCAAUUUGGCAGUAAAGUUUUACAGCUGCAUGUGCAACACACUUUAAAUCUGCAAUAUUUUUAUAUUGGGUUUAAAAAAUCUUGUUCAAGCUACUUUAAACUGAGGACAUCUUUUUCUUUUUUAUUUUUUGUUAAAACAAGAAGCCUUCAUAAGUUGCUUUAAGGUGUGUGAGACAAUAAAUAGAUGAUUGUAAAUUUAAACAUCUGCUGUUACACUAGAUCACUAGAUCUAUUAUAUAUAAUAACCCUAUAUAUAUAUAUAUCAAAUAUUAUUUCAAGAAAGGUUUUUUGAAUGAAUGAAAAAAUACUUUAUUAAUCCCAAAGGGAAAUUUUUUUAUUUUUGUAGCACUAUAUGCAAUGUUGUCAUUAGAGGUGAAAGUUAUGAUUUAAAUUGUUGCGCAUUUAUUAAACUUAAAGCCAAUUAUUUCCUUUGUUUGAAUUUGUAUGAGUGAACUUUUGCAUUUUACUUUACUAUAUGACACUUGUUUAAAUUACUGGAAUUGUUCUAUAAAAAAAGGACAGGAUUGUGGGAGAACAUUUUACACAACUUAUUCUAUUACAUUUUAUGUUGAUGUUAUCAGUCAGACUUUCUCUUUUAUUUAUUAUUCUAAAACAUAAGUGAAGCAAUUUACAGGAAGGGCCUGUAGAAAAGACUCCACAUCAAAUCAGCUUGAUGCAAAUGGAAAACAUCAAGUCCUCCCUCUAGAUGGCACCAUGUCCUAAAUGACAAAAGGCCAUGCCUCACAGCUGCACCAAACUGCUGCUGAUCAGUCCUUACAGCUUAACGUUUAUCUUGUACUCGCAAUCUCAUUUCAGUUUUGAUUUAACAAACUAGCCUAUGCCCAUGGAAUCAACUAUGCAAAACAUUUUGAUGACCCAUCAGUCAAAUAAAAAUAGUCACAUACUACAUUUUUAAAGAUAAAAGUGCUUAAAAAAAAAAAAAAAAAAAGUAGUAGCAGUGGGGAUAACUCAUUGACAAGUGUGCAACCUUAGAAACCAAAACUACAGAAAACUGGUGCAAAAACAAAGUCAGGAAGUCACAACAUCUUAAUAAUUACAUAUUUUAUUUCAUUAAAAUAAAUCAAUUAAAAAUGGACACUUUUUUUUAAUAUAUUGAAAGAAACUAACUGUAAUGAGAUCAUGCAAGACUUUAAUGCCUUUUUUUUAAUCUCCACACAACAUCUGAAAUGGAUGCACUCAGUAUAAAUGACUUGUAGAAAAUAAUAGCUGUGCUACUGAAACAAGUGCCACUCUAAACAGUGGCAUUUUUGCAGGGCAUCCGUCACUUCACACUCUACAAAGUCCUUCAUGAAACAUGGGAGGUUGCCACUCGAGACGAAUUUGAACUAUUUUAAAUGCAUUGUCCCACUCUCAUGACCUAAUUUGUUUUCCAAAGGUAAAUAUUUCUAUUCUUUUGCAAAUCUUGCUACUGUGUGCUACUGUUUUGUUGCACACUUAGUGACGUUGAAGACAUGCUACUUUGCGGUUUUUCAAGAAAUUUAGUGUUUGAAGUUUCUUAUAAAUAUGUGCUUUAAAAUUCAAACAUUUUUGGACUGCCCAUGAUGGCAUACAGGAGCUAGAAAAGUCAGAUUAACUCACCAGUUCUACACAAAUAAACUUGUUAGAUUUGUGUGUUUCACUCAUAACACAUUAAAUCAGCAGCAGGUACUUUACACAUUACCAUUUACUACUUUUAGUAAUGAUCAUAUUACUGUGAAUGAGUUUGAAUUUAAAUUCAAAACUAUAGAAAACCAAAACACUGAACAGCAUUUCUGUCAACUGCCAGUGAAUUGACCAUAGAUAUGAAUACUUUUAUUUUUACAAUAUGUCCUAGUUUCUGGCAUUAACAUUUUUGUCAGUAGGAGCCUGGACUGGCUCACCAUGAACAGAUAACACAGUAUUAACCCAAAUUCUUUGUAAAAAAAAGACAACAGGGUGCUUGUUACAUGCUCUAAUCAUAUUCUGUUUUCAUGUGUUACCUUGCAAACAUGUAAUGUAUAAGUGCCUCACCCUCCAGUCUCAUUUACUUUUAUGAAACGCAGCAAAGUGCAAAGAGCCAACAAGACACUGAAGAUACAGUUUUCAGUCAUGCCUCUGUAAAAUUUCUUGUUAAUGGUGAUGGUGAAAGGACUGAACAUCACACACAGUGUUGUUAACACACUAUUAACACCUUUUUUUCUAAGAGAAUUAAUUGACAUAGCUGAUAGAAUAUCUGAUGAUUCAUCUCAGGCAAUCAACACUUAUAUGAACGUUAUCAAACAUGGCUGUAAUAUUCAUGUGUCAUGAACUUGUGAUGAAUUUCAUUUCGCAAAAUUAAUUAGUUCCAGUAAUUGAGGGACAAUAAGAAUC